AUGUCAACUGACAAGCAGGAAAGUAAAGAAACCGAUAGUUUCGUAAAACAUUCGGCUGAUGUGUUUAAUAUUGGAACCAUUGGCAUCUUUGAUUUCUACAUCUGGACACUCAUACCGGCUAUUGGUAUUAUCUUUUGUUUUAUUCACACCGAGCAAGAACGUAUAUGGAGCUGGACAGGUGCAACCGCUGCAGAAUCCCAAUCCUUAGAGUCGAAAAUCAUUGUGUCUGUGAUAUCAACCGUAAUUGGUGGUUGCGUGGUUGCCACCCUGAUGAAGGCUGUCUCUACGGUUUCUUUCACAUUGAUGAAAUAUCAAGGAGCUACUUUUUCACAUUUUUCUGCUGUCGUUGGUGGUUACUCUUCUUCCCAUUUACCCAUACUAUUUGCAGGAAGAAGGUGGUUCGGUAUACUCUUGAUCUUUGUUAUUUUAAUAGUGAGUACGGUGACAAAACAACUUGCGGUUGUAUCUAUGGGCGUACGUCUUGUCUCUUCUAAUGACACCAUGACAUCUUACACACGAGACUAUAAAUCCUGCGUAGCUACAGAAUUUAUAGGUGAAUUAGGAAAGAUGUUGCCAUUAUCAACUCUAGAUGCCUUCAACAGCUUGCGAAACCAAAAUGCUACCUAUACAAAUGAAUACUACGACAAAAGUAUACCCGAAGGUCUAAGAGGAGAAUCAACAUUCGUGCGUGAAUUGCCCUUUGCAAAUGUAUCAUGUUCCAUUGUUCCCAAAAGUGAAAAAUUUACAAAUGCUGAACCUAUGUCUCGCAAUUUUACGGCCAAGGAUAGCUUAGAGGGAAGUAUAUCGUCUUGGUACGCUGAGAUAGCCUUAAUUUUGAAUUUAGAUCUAGCGGUACAAGGUUCAUCCCAAUGGGUAGCUUGCACAAUUGAUAUGGGCCACGCAACUGCAUCGACGACGUGCAAAGAUACCUUGUGUCACACAGAACGUAUAUCGGAUAUUACUGCGUUUGAAAGAGCCUAUCCAAAUGGUGUUUUUGACUUUAUGAGUGCUAUGUUUAAAAUGACUAGACCAGGUUCCGGGGUAACUCGUAAUCCAUUAAUGAGCUGGAUAUUAGGCGCCAACAUAACGACCUAUGUUGAUAUACAAGAGAAAAUUCCAGGGGAGAGUGUACAGAUGAUUCAAGACCGAUUAGGAAUACUUGGUACAAUGGUUGGUCGUAUUUUAUGUGAUUACAACAACAAGCAACCUUAUACGGAUACCGUCACAUUUCAAUCGAAUUAUAUCUCUUCCCAGUAUUAUGUGAAUCGUAUCUUAUGGAAAUGGCCCUUUUGGCUGCUGGCCGGGUUUAUCUUUGCGGUUUGGAUUAUAUGUAUGAUUGCCAUGCGGAUGACACCCGAAAGCAGAAUUAUUUCAGUGGAAUGGUUUAUCAGUCAAUAUAUUAUAAGAAACCGUUAUGGAUAUCUGUCUGGCAGUGAUUUAGUCAAAGCCCACCAGAAAACACUUUUACAGGUGGUCGAUGCAAGCUCUGACGAAAAUGUAGGGAACGUGUCAGUCAUUCAAACGGAUACUUACAAAGAUAUAAGAAAUCAAAGAGUGCGCCAUGAUAAACAAUACCAAUAA